CCUCUUUUAAUUGUUUUGUUUUAUAUCCAUUUGAAACACAGACAGAAGCUAAAGGAGGAGAGCCUGAAGGCCAAAACACGCUUGAAUCUGUUUUAAACUAUCAACAUCAUUUAGAUUCUGCCUUGACAAUAUUACCAAACUUAAAGAGCGGUUUAGAUGUAAAUGUCAUAUUCGAUUCAAUACGAGGAUUUGAACCAACAGCAGAAUUGUCUAUGUUUGAUAUUUUUAAUGUUGAUCUUGUACAUGGUUGGAUUAUAGACCCUCAAGAUAGAGAAACAUAUGAUAUAAUUCAAAAAUAUGGGAAAACAUAUAAUAAAGCAGUAGAAUUUAUUGUUCAACUAGAUGGCAAUUUAGAACAAACAAAAAAAUCAAACAUAAAUUAUGAUGAUGAAGGAUUAAUGUUAACGACUGCUGAAGAAGAAAAACUACAUGAGGGCUUUAUUAUUAAAGAGUUUCUAAAAGAUACAGCAACUCAAUUAACCUAUUAUGGUCUUGAGCUUUUAUUAGAUUCAAUUCCUGAAGAUUCUUUAUGUGUCCUAUUUAGAAACAAUCAUUUUUCCACUGUGUAUAAACAUCCAGAUUUAGGAUUAUAUAUGCUUAUUACAGAUUCUGGCUUGGUUUUAGAGCGUUCAAUUGUCUGGGAGAGUCUAAGUGAUAUUGAUCAAGGGUCAUCAGAGUUUCUGGAUGGUUUUUUCAAUAAACCCAACACAAUUCUAUCUCCUAGUGUAAUAGAAGAAUAUCAAGAUACUGUAAAUACAGAUUUAGAUUACGCUAUUGCUGUCUCUUUACAAGAGAGUGAGUCACGACAACAACGACAACAACAACAGCAGGAAUUGAAUUAUAAUAGCAACAGUAGUCAUGGUAAUAAUAGACAGCAACCAGAAAAAUCAGGUACAACAGUGCGGAUGAAAAAGUCAUCAUUAAAAAGGAAUAACUGUGUAAUCUGUUAAGUACCAAAUAUGAUUUGAAGCGAAGUACUUGGAAGAAUUGUUACACAGACUAUAUAAAUUCUUUUACUUUGUUCUUGAUGCAUUUCUAUCAAGUUACUUUUUAUAAAAAGAAUAUCAGUAGAUGAUUCUAGACUAUUUUAUUCAUCGGAAUUAAUUUUUACUAAAAAAAUA